CGAGCAAAAGUGGGAGAGCGCGAGCUCCAACUACAACAAAAGCAUAACUCGUAAACUUCUACGAAAUUUAAUUAUUCAACCCGACCGCGGCGUCCUAGCAAUCGAAUUAAAUUAAUCAAGGCGUGAGACAAAUCAUUGGAGGCCGAGGGCCGUUGCAGUAAUAAAUAAACCAGCUGAGGAAGUGGCAAAACCAAAGCAAAAAGCUCCCACUCCUCGCCGCGCUGUGUAUGUAGUAAAUUGCCGUGUCCAAGGUGGAUCGCGGGCGGAGAGGGGUGGUGCAUCGUUCCUAUGUUGCGGCAUUUUUGAUGACGGAAUUAUUUUUGGAUAAUUGUUUGAUGCGAGCGCCACUAGCGUUAAAAGCAGGAGCAGAAUGGAGAGCGAGCGGUUGCGAAUUACCCUGGACAGCCCCGAGCGUGUCUACUUCGCCGGCGACAUAAUCCGCGGCGAGAUAUGGAUGAACGUAAACAAGCGCACGAAGAUCCGCGCUAUCAAAGUGCAGGUGACCGGCAAGGGAAAAUGCAAGUGGAUGGAGAUCCUGCGCAAAAACUCAAACAACAACGAGUACUCCCGCAGCCUCUUCUACACGAGCAAGGAGGUGUACGAGCACAGUGAGACAGCGCUGCCGGACUUCGAGCCGCGUGGCUUGGAACUGUCGCCCGGGGAGCAUACCUUCAUCUUUGAGGUGGCCUUGGGUCGUCAGCUCCCCUCGAGCUUCAAGGGCAGCUAUGGCGGGAUCAAGUACAAGAUGCGCGUGCUCAUCCAGCGACCGUGGACAUUCGACGAGCGGCACACCAUACCCUUCACCGUGGUGAAGCAUAUGCCGUUGCAGCCGUCGCACCGAAGCAUUCCCAGUCCGCUGGAGAAGCAGGUGACCAAGACGAUCAGCUUGUUCGGCACGCGACCGAUCACUUUGCUGGCUCUUUUGCCAGAGGAUUUCGCCGUGCGGGGAGAGCCGCUGAGGAUAUGCGCCACUGUGAUCAACAACAGUACCACCGCCGUAGAGAAGCUACGGUUUAGUGUGCUCCAGUAUGUCACCUAUUACAGCCAUGUGCCCCUGCGGGUCCAGAAGGUGGAGUGCAUAGCGGUGGCCACCAAGGAAACGGGUUCGGUGCAGAAGAAGAGCGAGCGUAGCUUCGCUCAUGAGCUGCUUAUGCCGGAGGGAGCUCAGCCCACGGACGAGCAGAUGAGCGGGGUCAUCACCAUUGUCUACGAGCUGCGUGUGGAGGCGGUGCUGCGGGGCUUCUUCAAGAAUCUGGUACUAAAUCUUCCAUUUAAGGUGUACUCUCAGGACACCUCCAACCGACAGGGAUCUCUGCGUCCGCCACCGCCACCUCGGCCAAACGAUGGGCCGCCCGGUCCGGAUGCAUGCUCCGGCAACCCGUUCGAGCCUGCUCUGCCUGUAUAUCCUUCGCUGGACUCUUCCAUUGGCUCGCCAUCGCACUCGUCGCAGUUCAGCGAGUGCAGCUCCAUUAACUCCAUUACGUCGGAUUCCUCGGCGGCCACUCUAAGCCCCGCUGUGGGCGGUGGCGUCGGUGCCGGGGGCGUGGAGUUGUCCUACACCUCGGGCUCGCAGUCCUCACAGUUCGGCAGUCCCUCGGCCAGGGCCAGUUUGCACAGCUCCAAUGUGCCCUACAUGCCCUACUCGUCCAGCCCGCUGAUGGUGCAGUCGUAUCCGCCGCCCCACCUGCCUGCAUAUCCGCUGCCAGAAUCGCCACAGUACUCCCUUCUCGCGUUGACACCACCACCGAACGGACCUCCAGCCGCACCAUCGGCGGGGGCUGGAGGUGGAGUGGCGCCGGGCUACAGCCAGCUGCCAUCCACCUCGGCGUCGUCUUCAUUUUUGCAAGCCCGUCAGCCGCCUGGAGCCCAUGAGCUGCCGCCAUCCUAUGAAGAGCUCUUUGGCCUGGCCAAUGCCCCUCCAGGAGCUGCCAAGUAGAAAUAAUUGAAUCUCCUGAGCCGCAGUUACCCAGUUACGUCCAAGCUUUGCC